AUGUGCCUUGGUCGACCUGUCCGAAAUAACGUUAACCGCUACAUAAAUUUUCAAGUGAUUGAAACAGAUCCUUUUAAUGCACUUCUCCUCUCUGUAUUGGAGGAGAAUAAAAAAUUACUUUUAAUUUUGAUCAAAAAUGCGAAGAUGGAGCAAAGAUGUUUGUUUAGAGAGACUGUUGAAAGUGUGCUUUUAUUUCGAAUGCUAAAAUUAUAUAACGAGAGUUGCCAUAUUUCCUGUACAACUACGAGCACUGCAAUUAUGAUUAAUAGUUGUGCUGCGAAUUUUCAACACUGUCUGAGUUUAUCAAAUUCUCCCAGGUUGUGUAGAGUUGGCAAUCACCCACCAAAACUUUCUUCGCCCAUGCAAUUCGAUAUCUGGAUUGCAUCUACAGAUUUUAUAGCCUACAGUUCCGGUGCUUUCUUAAUUAAUUUAUUAUUAUUCAUAAAUUGGGCACGGUGGAUUCCGAAAUCCACAUUUUCUAAUUGUGUGCUUUUUAAAACUUCCAUAUAUAGUCCAGAAAAUAUGGAUAGCCUAAUUUUUGGCCCCUUCUACAGGUCCACUUUUUUUGGUUGUCGGAAGUUUUUUGAUCUGUGGAUCCAGCUGCGCUCCGAAACGAAUUCCAACAGCACAGACUUUUCGCAAGAAAGCAACUACGGCAUAAAAAUUAAGCGUGAGAUUCUUGUUAAAUAUACUGUUCCUAAUGCAAGUGGAGAAAUUAAUUUGCAUUUGACUGAUUUUCCACCUUUGCCUCUAGAGCAGAGGAAUAGUGAUACUAAACUCUGUGAAAGCAGUAAGGUUUCUAACAAUUUCCUUAUCAGCGCUGAAUACAAGAAGCAAGAAGAGGUCCUAAGAAGAGGCUUUUUUGUAUAUGCUAUGACAACACCUUCACUGGAGUCUAUGGACACACUCUCCAUUGCUGCUCAAAGUGACGUAAUCAAGUUUAAGACGUUAAAGGCAAAAUUUCUGAAUUUCACUUUAACAAUGAUGCUAGCGGUAAUAAAAGGUAUUAGAAAAUCUGGAAAAGUAAAUGCAGAUUGUUCCAAACAAAAUACAGAUAAUAGGAAUCGUCUAAAAUUCCUCUUAACACUUACCGAUAUAAGUCAAAUAAUUUUCUGCCUAGUGCAAAGUCAAUUAAAUGGUGUUGUCACUAGCCUUUUUCAAGCAUAA